GACCAGAUGCACUCGUUGACAGACAGGGGACAUGUCCUCUAGCUAUUGCGGUCAAUGAGUCGGUCAUUCACCGAUGGCACCUGGCCACCCAAUCUCUUACUUACACACACACAUCCGAUCAACCACGCCAAGCCAGGACAUGCACGCCACACGCCAUCACUUAACGAGGGCCUCCUUCAACACGCCCAUCCUGCCCGCAGCCACACACAGACACACACGCCAUUGACACAAAUCAUUGCGUUGAAUGAGGCCGUUACUUGGUUGGUGAGGGUGCUGGUGAAGAGUCGAGGUCCUCGUCGUCGUCGAUGGGCUGCUUUGCGGUGAUCUGGGAGUCCCGCUCGCUCAGCGUCUUCUCAACUAUCUCCAGCAACUUCCUGUUCAUCUUCAUCUCCGCAGGCGCCAUCUGCACAUACAUACCACAUACGUACGCAGCACGGGAGACAUCUGGUUAUGUGUAGGUUUGGUUGACUGUGUGUGCCAGACCGACUUUGGUUUCCUUCCUCCUUCUCUUUUCGUCCAUUUGUUCCUCGAGCUCCUUGCGGAAGCGGAGGUUCAUCGACCGGCGGCUCUCGGCCUUGCUCCGCUCCUGCUCCGUGAAAUCCUGACCAACACCACACACACACACACACACACAGAGACAGACAGACAGACAGAGAGAGAGAGGAAUGAAUGGAUGGAAGGCAUGGAGGUUCUUGGUUUCUGUCUGUGCCUUGAGGUCUUCUUCGAGGAGUUGUGCCCUCAUUUUGGUGAGUUCCUUUUCUUUGGUUUUGGCGUCCUCCCUCUCCUGCAUCUGCUGAAAGAGAAACCUCUUGGUCUCCUCCGUCAUCUGAAGGGAAGGCACACACACAUCACAUGCUUGCCGCCCAGGCAGACAGACAGAGACACGGGAGACACGAUGUGUGGGUGAUGACCUGUUUGAGUUUCCUCUGUUUGUUGAGCUCGACUUCGAACUGCCUGGCCUCCAUCUCAAGACGCUGCUUCUCUGCUCGGCGCGCGUCCUCCUCGGCCUUGACACAUGACCCAUCCCAACACACAGACAGAGCAGCCGGGCGGGUGGGCGGGCGGGUGGGCGGGCGGCUGUGUGGCGGAUUGGCUUACCUUGUUUUCCUGCAUUUUGACAACGGUGUCCUUCAUGCGGUCCAUGAGAUUCCUCUGGCGGUCCAGACGCUCCUUCAACUCGCUCUCACGAGCCGCUUCCUGCAGACCACACAGCCACAUAUCACAUCCAUGUGUGUGUGGGGCUGGCAUGAAUGUGCCUCGAGUCCCUCCCCACACAGGUACCUGUUGGUCGAGGAUGCGGACGUAUUCCUCCAUCGACCUGAGGUCUGCCUCUUGGUCCUCCUUCUUCUUGCGGGCCUUCUCAAUCUGCUCCUGCUCAUUCUCCUGCUCAAUCACACACAGGGAGGGACACACACGUCACGUCAUGAUCCCUGUGCUUGUGUUGUGUUGUGUUGUGUUGUGUUGCAACGGUGCAGUAGCUGCAGAGGCGGACCUCCAUGAGCUUUCGAAUGAUGUGUCUUUCAUUGUCCUUCUUGGCCUGCUCCUUCUUCUUCUCCUUCUGCAGCUCCUUGUCGAUGCGCGCCAGGAACUGCUUCUCCUCCUUCUGACGGACCUCAUCCUCCUCCUGUCGACACACCACACACAUGCUCACACACAUCACAUCCACGGGAGGGAGGAGACACGUGUGUGUGCGUCUUUGUGGAAGUGUAAGUGACCUUUCUUCGUUUGUUGUCGAGGGCGAGCUGCUCGUCGCGGUCCACCUUCUCCUUCAUCGUUUUCUUCUUGAACUCCUCCUCCUUCUGCACCUCGAUCUUCCUGCAACACAACACAACACGCAAAUAAACAAGGCAGCGUAUAGAUAGACACAAGGCGAGCCAGCCAGGUGUGAUUCUUGUACUUGAGUCGUUCCAGGUUCUCGUUUUGGAUGUGGUAAAACUUCAUGUCCUCCUCCUUCUCGGCCACCUUCUUGGCCCUACACGUACACACACACAGACGUCACUGGUGUCUCGCCAGGCCAGCUUAUGUGUGGUGGGUGAUGUGUGUCUCUGUCUGACUGUUUCUCCUCGAGCUGUCCAUCGAGGUCCCUUUUGAGUCUGCCCUGUUCCACCUUGAACCGCUCCUUCUCCUUCUGACUCUCAACCUCGUUGAUGUAACGCGCAUAGUCGUCCAGACGAGACCACUGACCACACCACACCGAACCAUGAUGCACACAGAGACAUACAACGGGCACAAAGUCAUUUGAUUUGGCUGGCUGUCUGUCGUGUGUGCACAGCUGACGUCAUAGUCCUGGAACUGGUCCACAAGGGCAUCGACGGGCCGCACACCCGAGGCCGUCUGCACGUCCGCCCCACUCACUGCCGACCCAUCGCCAGGUUUUUGCUGCUGGAACAUCUGUGUGACACACAGAAGAAAGAGGAGGAACACACGGUCGACUGCCACUGCCACGCAAAGGGCCCCUACCGAAAGCUGCGAGAGGUUGUCGACGUGUGUGGCCCUGGAGGCGUUAGUGUAAGCCGACACGUUGGUGAUGUCUGUCUUGGUGUCCCGCGCCUCAUCGGGCUGGGCCCCGGCAGACGGGGCACCCACCACCUGUGUCUUGACAUCCUGCUCGAUGCGACGCUCCAACCUGAUCGAUUCGAUGGCCGGGUGGGAAACACGGACGUCGGAUGGAUGGAAGAGGGAGUGCUGAUGCUGACUGACUGGCGGACCUGUUGAGGUUCUUUUUCGUGACGUCGGCGUUCUCAACGAAGUCCUUCACCUGCCGAUUGAUCGCCUUGUCCACCUCCGGCCCGAUGCCCGCCUCUGCUGUCGCCUGACGGAGAAGACAGAGACCACAGCGGCAGGCGGAUUGAGUUGGUGCAGUGUGUGUGUGUGUGUGUGGUUGCCUUUGCGUAUUUCUGUUUGAACUUGGUGACGAGGACGUCCUUGAGCUGCUCCCUCUGCUGCAGAUCCAGCAACUUCUGUUUGCGCUUCUCGGGAAUGUGCGGGUUGAUCCCCUGGUCGGGAGCCCUGCCAGUCACACGCAAUCACACACGACGCGCGCAGCGGUUGCGUACAUGCGAAAGGAAGGCAGCACGAAACGUCACCAUUGCAACGUUUGUGCCAUUCUCUCCCCCUAUGUGAUCUUACUUGAAGCCCCUAGGCGCAGGGUGCUUAGGAGGAUACAUCAGGGUUUGCG